AGCAAGUGAGCGAGUAAGAAGCAUUUUAUAUUCUGCGUAGCCAUAAGGGAAAACGUAUAGUGGAAGGUUUCUCGAAAGAAAAAGAUUGUUCUUUUCUACGCCAUCAUUAAAUUUUGGAACGACGAGAAUUACUGGUGGAUAAGUGUGAAUUUCUGAUAUUUCAGUCGUUCAUAGUGAAUUUCAGAUCGCACAGAUCCAGCGAUAAAUCCAAUUGAUUCGGUGCGUUUUUGCAAAAGAUAGUCGAAGGAGGAAGAAGAAGCGAUCGCAGAGGAGAAAAUUUUUCUGCAGCAGCUGCACGCACACAAGCAGCCAAACGGUCAGCGCGUUAUUACACCAUACAACGAAAUAUCACCGUGUGUGGAUCUUAUUUUGGAUAGUGUUGAACGGCAAACGUGUUGUGUUUUGCGGGAGAGUAGUAAUAUCGUCGCGUUGUCAACGAUUAAUCCGGGAGGUCACGUUGUGAAGCUCGGACUAGUUUAAUACAACAAUGCACAUCAACAAUCCGGAUGCGCUAAAAGCUUGGCUAACCGAGGUUCUGGAACCACUAUGUGAUGCAGAUCCGGCAGCCCUUGCUCGAUACGUGCUGGCUUUACUGAAGAAGGACAAACCCGAAAAGGAUUUGAGGGAUUGCAUGAAAGAGCAGUUGGAUGUUUUCCUGGGCCAAGAAACGGACCCUUUUCUGGAGCAGUUGUUUCGAUCAAUCAAAGGCGAAGAAUACAUUAAAAUUGCUCAGGCGAAGGAGGCGGCCGCAGCAGCGGCAGCUAUCGUUCUACAACAAUCAGUGGCCCCAGCUGAAACCAUACAAGAUACGGUCACGGAAGAUUCGAAGAUACGCAUCAAAAGAGAAUUCACUCCUCCCCUACACGAGAAUCACAUCAGUAGCAGCAGCAGCAACAACAACAGCAGUAAGCCUUCCAAAGAUUUGCCAGUCGGAAAUGUACCUUCUGUGGAGAAAAUAGCUGGCAGUGUACCCCAAGAUUCAAACAGCGAACUAUUGAGCAGUGCCAGCAGCGGAGCUCUGUCAAUAUCUGCCACAAACAACGUAGUUUCACCACCAAACACCGCUAGCAGCGGCAAGACUCCGGUGAAAGGUUCAAACAAGGAAGAACAUGGCAAAGAAAGUCGCAACCGGGGUCGCCGGAUAUCAAAUCGAUCUCGUUCCCGGUCCCGGUCCCGAUCUCGGUCGUUCGAAAGAUCACGCGAGUCUAGGCGCUCGCGUUCAAGAGACCGUGUGCCGGCGCGGGAAUCCAACCGGGAGAAAAUAAAUCGUCAGUAUCGCAACAAAUCGCCAGUAGGGCGCGGUGAUUCGUUCCGACGCUACGAACGGAAAAACCAUGCCUACGAAAGUCGUCGAGUUGGGAACAGUGGUGGUGGUGGCACUGGAAACGGUAAUAUUAAUAGUGGUGGUACCGGCAGUGGCGGUGUUCGUAUUGUCAAUCGAAGCCAAUCUGGCAGCAGGUCUCCAUCACCUGUUGUGGAUCGCAGAAAGAUAGCACGUUCCGAAUCCCCAGCUACAGCAACCGCUUCAGUCGUCACUCCAGCAUCCGCAAUGGAUCAUGCUCCGGCGGUUGAUGCAACCUUGUUAGCAGCGAAACGGCAGCGCUGUCGGGAUUUUGACGAAAAGGGAUACUGCAUGCGAGGUGAAACAUGCCCCUGGGAUCAUGGGGUAGACCCGGUUGUGCUGGAAGACAUUAAUAAUUCAGCGCUAAUUACGAUUCAGUCAGCUGCUCAAAUGCGAACGGGACCAAUUCAUCCAGAGUACAGCCCAGACGCGCCAGAAUUGUGGAAUAGACCACCGGCUUUUCAACCUGGACGUCCGUCAAUUGCCCAGAGGCUUGGAAACAUUGCUGGAGUUGGCGUGGGUGGAUUCGGACCUCGAGGUGCGUUAAGCGGAAACUUCAGAGGAGGAGCACCCGGUUUCCCGGCCGGUUUUCCAGGAAAUCCAAUUGGAGCUACCCCAUUGCAGAGAGAGCUUAUCUCGGUGCCCGUCGUGGAUGCCAAUAAAGGAGGUGAUGUAUCCGCACAGCAACCGAAGCGAAGGUUCGAACCUGAAGACGCAGUAGCUAUCGCAGAUGGACAUAUGAAGCGUAAGCUCCCGUUGAAUAAUCGCUUAGGUCCGAGAGUCACUGCACAUCCACUCGGCACUGGUGGCACUGCCAAUCCCCAGCAAAACUGUUCGCUCGAACUGAGGAAAAUUCCGAGGGGUUUGAACGCAAUAGCUCAUUUAAACAACCAUUUUUCAAAAUUUGGGAAAAUUGUCAACAUUCAGAUCAGCUACGAUGGUGAUCCGGAAGCGGCAAUCGUUACGUUUUCGACUCAUGCUGAAGCGAAUGUUGCCUAUCGCAGCACUGAGGCAGUUUUGAAUAACCGUUUUAUCAAAGUAUUUUGGCACAGUCCCACGAUUACCAGUGAACAGCCAUCGAUUACAGCGGCCGCCAAGACAGAGCACUCACUGCGCAGAUCAUAUCCAAACCAGUACAGCAUUAACAACCUAAACAACAACAACAAUGUAGCGACAGUAGCAACCACUCUGUCAACUGCGACGACCAUUUCUACUAAGGAAGUUGUGGCAAGUAGUGCCAGCGCUGGUACCGAAGGAGAUUCAGCUGCUACUAUUACUCCGGCGAUAGUAACAAAUGCAUUCACCAACACCGCUACAAAGUUGGUCAACACGGUUACUACUCCACUCGUUUCCACCAAUCAGCUGCGGAUAAAGAAUAAUUCAGCCAAGAUCAACCGAGCUACCAAUGAACUGAUGAAGAAAAAGCAAGAAUUAUCCCAGAGCUUACAAAAACGGAAAAACGAUCUUAUGCAGGGUUAUUUGAAAGAAGUGCGCACGCUGGUCGUAAUGGUUGAGAAAUUUGAGGCUAAUGAUCCGACUCGUGCAAAAUUGCUGGCGUCAAUAAAAGAACUCGAAACGAAAAUUGACACGUUGAAAAAAGAGAUCGCUAGUGAGCAAAGUCAAAUUGUGGCACAGCUGCUCCCGAAACGUAAAACCAAGGAGCAACAGAAAAAGGACAUGCUGGAUGCCGAGUUGGAUAUGAUUGCUCAGGAGCAGCGAACCAAUCGUGCUCCUGGUUCGGCUCCAACGCCAGUGAGCAAUGUUCCGACACCUAACAUCAUCAAGCCACAACUAUACAGUUCGCAGGGUGUUCGCUCGAUUCGACCCAUCAACCGAUUGGCCCCAAUUGGCUCGACUAGUGUUGAUCGGCGUCCAACAACAAUUAGCAUAUCUGGCUUUGCGGAAGAGGAUGCCGACGCUCUGUUAGGACAUUUUAAACAUUUCGGGGAAAUAACUAAACAUCAGCUGGAUAAAACGGUGCCGUCACUUUCGAUCAGUUACUCAAUUCGCCAGAAUGCGGAAAAAGCACUGGUCCUUGGGAAAGUCUUCCGUGAUAUCACUCUGCAGAUCGGAUGGGCUGUCGUAAACAAUGCGAAACCCACAUCAAAUCCCGGUGUUGGCAAUGCUGAAUGCAAAGAAAAUACUCCAACCGGAGCUGUAGUUGUUGAUGAUGACAAAUUGACGAACGCAAAUAGUUGCGAGAAAUUAUUGGACAACAGUGCAGUUUGUGGUAACGUCGGUAUUGAUGGUGACGUGGGGAUCGGUACUGGAGCCGACCCGAUCUCGGCUGCUUCAAUGGAUACUCUGACGGAGAGUGGUUCAUUAGAGGAAACGUCCGAGGUACGACUGGUCGAAGAGGAGGAAGAAGAAGAGGAUAUGGAAUCGGAGGACCGUUCUUGGCGCCGUUGAUAAUCUCCGUUGGAAGAAAAGGAAUGAGCAGCCACGGAGCGAAUGAGUAGAACAGCAGCGCCAUCACUCGUCGAAGAGCAGAGCAGUUUUCUGAAUUGAGUUUUUCAUUGUAAUUGCGUUUUAAGUGGAUUUUUUUUUCAAAUGUAGUACGUAAGAUUUGUCCACUCUACGCUCUGUUUUUGUUAUCUAACUUUUUAGUCGACAGUUUUGUAACGUUUGGGUUUGUUAAAGCAGUUGGAAGCAGCAUCCCAAAGUAACAGAUGGAACUUUCAAUUUCCUUAAAAAUACCGGUUCAGCGCCAACGAACAGGAUGUUUUGUCAAUAUAUUAAUAAUAAGGCUAGAUUUUAUUGGUUGAAAAGAAGAUAACAUUGACUGAUCUGAGUCGCUUAGAUGUCAAAAUUGGCACUGAUAUAUAAAUUCGUUUUUGGUAUAUAACUGGGCGAAAAGUUUCAUUAGUAAACAAAAUCUAGCUGCUUUUACACAACAAAAAGAAAAACAAAACGAUGAUAGUUUUAAUGAGUAAAGUCUAGUAAUUAAAAUAUUAAUAAUUAUUAAUUAUGAGUAAAUUCAAAUCUAUAUACAUAUAGAUAUAAAAGCUAGUGUUGGUGAAAAACAACUAAUAAACCCUAAGUGUACAUACAGUGAUUUGUAAUCUAAAUAUGCGCGAAAAUGUUAAAGUAACUAUACAAUAUAUUCAAACCAACCACACAAAAGAAGAAUGAAUUUGGAAGCAGAGGGAUAUCAUCGCAUCGAGCUGCCGACGACCGGAACUUCUUGCUGCUGCAACAGCUGCCUGGAAGUUCGUUUUUUUGCUUUUUUUCUUUUCUUAUUUCUUACAGGAAAUAGCAGUUCAUCACCACUUCAAGAGCGACUCUGCGUAACAUCUAUGGAGAUUCGACAAUAAGAAAGUCAAAAUAUCUGUUAGCAAUAAUGGUUGUAUUGUAAGAAAUUCAAAUGACAAAAAAACAAAACCAAAAAAGUCAAAAAAUAGAUGCCGAAAAAAUAUUUAAAAAAAGAAAAAAAGCAAAAAAAGUAAUGAUUCAAAAACGGCACACUGCAACAAGAAGUUUCGUGAGUGACGAACGGAAAAAAUAAAGCUUGAUUUCAAGAAACAAAAGAUUACAAAAACUCGUAACUAGAGUUGAAGAUAGCUAUAACAUAAAAA